UAGACACAGGAGUAUGUUUGUCAUAGACUGAGAUCUGAAGUAAACAGUUGCAUAUGGUGCUGCAGUUUGUUUACAAGGAUAGUAAAUCAUCUCAGAAAAUGGUGGCUUUAACUACUGAUUUCCCAAGGAUGUACCUGGAAAUAUAAUAUCUGCAACAGAAGUGAUAUAUUACUAGUACAGUGUUUUAAAGAAAUCGAUGAGAACAAUCUCAGGGGAUUUGAUCUAUGUACACUAUAGACGUAUGGUGGAGUCUAACAUUAUGAAAAUGGAAUGGAGAUGAACUUCAGACCACUAUGGGCCUCGACCUGCCCUUCUUACUCAGCUAAGUCUCUCAUUGAUUUCAGUGAGGACUGCGUAACUGGGUCCUAACUGGUUACUAUGAUCGUUGCACAAGACAGCGGUUUGUGUAAUAUAAACAAUGGCAAAAUAUAGAAGUGAUUUCUGGAUACAACAUUUAUAAAGAAAUAAAGGAUCAAAGUAGCCCUGUACUAAUGAGCUGCCAUGCACAACAUAAGGAAAGAGCAAGAGAUUGAUUCCAAAGAUGCUAUUAUACUGCAUCAAUUUUCAAGACCUAACAAUGGUGUUCCGAGUUUAUCUCCUUUUUGUUUGAAAAUGGAAACUUAUUUAAGGAUGGCUGAUUUACCCUACCAGAACUAUUUUGAUGGAAAACUUUCCCCUCAAGAGAAAAUGCCCUGGAUUGAAUACAAUCGCAAAAAAGUAUCUGGCACUGAGUUCAUUAUUGACUUUUUGGAAGAGAAACUCGGAGUGAAUUUAAAUAAAAAUCUUGGUCCACAUGAAAGAGCUGUUUCCAGAGCAGUGACAAAAAUGGUGGAGGAGCACUUCUAUUGGACAUUAGCUUAUUGCCAGUGGGUGGACAAUCUCCAUGAGACCCAGAAGAUGCUUUCAUGCCGUGGCCCCUUUAGUGACCUGCUGAAGUGGAUUCUGUGCCACCUAACAAAAGGAAUUGUGAAACGAGAAAUGUACGGCCAUGGCAUCGGCCGCUUCUCGGAGGAAGAGAUAUACAAGCUGAUGGAGAAAGACAUGCGGUCACUAGCAGGUCUCUUGGGUGACAAGAAGUACAUCAUGGGACCAAAGCUUUCCACUCUCGAUGCCACUGUCUUUGGGCACCUGGCUCAAGCAAUGUGGACAUUACCAGGGACUAGACCUGAGAGACUAAUCAAAGGUGAACUGAUUAACCUUGCUAUGUACUGUGAAAGAAUAAGGAGGAAAUUCUGGCCAGAGUGGCACCAGGACGACGAUAACACGUUGUACGAAUCUGAGGAAAGUAGUGAAGCUAGCAAGACUCACACCCCAUUGCAGGACUUCAGCUUUUAUUCAAGGACAGAAACAUUUGAUGAGGAAGGGACAGAGAACAGUAUUUCCCAAACCCCUGACACGGAUUAUACUGGACAGUCUCUCUUUGAUUCUGAUGUGGACAUGGAUGACUAUACAGAUCAUGCACAAUGCAAGUGAUGUAUCCAAGCACUUUCUCCGUUUGUAUCAGAAAUGCCAUUUCUUGGGACCAGUCCAGCUUUCCCACAUUCAUGCCAGUGUGGAAGAGAUCAUUGUGCUUGACACAUUUCACAUGCUACCUGGACUAUUUAACCCUUAUUUCAUUUUGUAAAUCCAUUCAGAUGGAGCCUAGGUUAAACAAUUAGAACAAAAAUAGGCAAACAAGAGAUCCAUAGGGUAGAAGAAUCUUAGGCCUACAUAUUGCUCCCACUGAAAACAGAUUCCAAAAUAAUGUGAGUAAACCUACCACAGGUAGAGCAGAGAGGUCACGAGAGCUGCUUUGUGUUGAGUUUCUCAUCUUCACAGCAGGGGCUGAGAGAAAGGGAAAAGGGUUUAUUGGAAUUCCCCUCUCCCUCCUUGGUAGGCAAUGAUUGCACUGUAUUAAUGCAGCAGGAUGCCAGGGCAACUUUACUCAACAGCUUCUUGCACUCUGGGUGUGUACGUUACACAGGAGUGUGUAUAGGAAAGGAGUAGGGGUUUGGUCUCCAGUGCUUUCACAGAUUGUCCGUCAAUAAAGGCAAGAAGAAAAUGUGCUCAUGCAAAAAGCAACAUUUUAUAAUUCCUAUUCUGUACAAUAGCUUGAAAUCUUUCAGUUUUAUAACUGUUUUAGUUGAAAGGGAGACUUCAAAGUAUUUUAAAUUAUUACCUAACAAUCCCCUAGAAGAUUGUUUAGGAGUCUUGGCUAACCCUCAUCUCCGGUAUAUAUACUCUGCCUGAUCAAAUUCCCCUUGCAGUUUCGAUUAUGUCAAGUGUUCUUUCCACUGCGAACUGUUGUUUGGUCUUGCUAGAUACUGUUGAGUUAAACACCUAGAGUGCACCUCCCCAGAGUCAAUUGCACAGCAGUGCUGGACACUUCAGUCUCUAUAGCAGGGAUCGGCAACCUUUGGCACGCAUCCCUCCCGGGUAAGCACCCUGGCAAGC